AUGUCACCAAGACUGGGUAUUGCAACAUUGCUGUAUUCCACUGAUUAUUUGCCAGGGGUAUUUACGCUAGGUCAUCAGUUGCACAAACUUUUCGGAGAUGGGAGAUCCAUAAAGAUCUGCUUGGUAGUGACUAAACUUCUGUAUGAGGCAGAUUUGAGUGAACUGUCGAGGAGAAUUUUGUGCCAGUUGUUUGAUGAAAUUAUUGAAGUGGACCCCUUGGCGGAUGAAGCAUUUUGUAUUUCUCAAAACUCAUCAAAUCUGUCAUUGCUACAAAGGCCUGAGCUGGCUGCUUCUCUUAUAAAGUCGCGUUUGUGGGAGCUGACGCAAUUUGAUAAAGUUCUUUAUCUCGAUGCUGAUACAUUGCCGCUGAAUAGCAACUUUAUCAAUAUUUUUGAUGUUAUUCCACACCAAACCAGCUCACAAAUAGUUGGAUCUCCCGAUAUUGGGUGGCCUGACAUGUUUAAUACUGGGGUAUUGGUUUUAGUCCCCGACAAGGAACUAGCGGUACAAUUACAAACGUUUAUAUCUGAUCACAUUUCUAUUGAUGGUGCAGAUCAAGGCAUCUUCAACCAGUUUUUUAACCCUUGUUGCCUCCCAAGUGGCAUCGAUCCUGUCGUUAAUGGUAACCAGUGGGUACGCCUACCAUUUCUCUAUAAUGUAACAAUGCCCAACUAUGGGUACCAAAGUUCGCCAGCUAUGAAGUAUUUUGAGCCACAAAUUAAAUUAGUGCAUUUUGUAGGCGAAAAUAAACCAUGGAAAGGUUGGUCACAGACCAACGUUAAUGGAUACUCUACGCGGUGGUAUAACGUGUACAAAGAAUUUCAAAGAGAGUACCAGUUGACGAAAUGCUUCGAAGAAAUGAGUGUUCAGGAAAAGCCCGAAGAGAGAGCCUGGGAGCCUCCGACAAAUUACCAACAAGAUUAUAAAAGAGUGCAGUCAACUGAAAAAUCACGAGGCAAUUCCCAGCCAGUUGCCGCAGGUGAUCGAAGUGUUUCAGGUAUUUCAGGUAUUUCAGGUAUUUCAGUUAUCGCCAACGAUAUGUCAGAACGUACAUUCCCAAGGCAGCUAGAAUUUCCUCUCAAUCAAACUAAACCAAGUGGUACAGAUCAUGAGGAGCAAGGUGAUCAUAUUCAUUACUCUGAACCAGAGCGCAGUUUCCCUGAGGAAAUUGUCAAGUCUGGAAUAGUCAAUAUCGACAGCGAUUCAGCCGCAAAAGAUGUCGUCAUCAAACAAAACUCAGAAAAUACCGAAAGAGUAUCGAGUCAGAAAACAGUCUCACAACCUGAAUGCGUAAGGCCUUCGGACGUUGCAGAACGUACUUUUCCAGAAGAAACAAACCUUUUCCAUCAAAAUAAUGGUACUGAAAAUGCCAGCCGUGACCUAUCUCACGAAGGUAAGGCACCAAUCACCAAUUCAGGCGUCGUGCUGCUAGAUAACUCGCCCCCAAAGAGCUCCGCUAUCGAGCAGGAACUCGCCCACAUCAGAGGCGAUCAGGAAGAAGCAUUGCCGACACGUUUAUUCGAUUGGGAAGACACCAAUUAUCGCGCAAAAGUUGAAAGAUCGUUCCCCGAGUGA